AUGCUGAAAGAGUACUACGGUGUCGAGAAAAUAUUGUAUGUGAUCAUUGCCGUCAUAGGUGUUCCUGUGAAUUUAGUGGCGAUUUUCAUCCUAUCCCAAGGAAAGUGCGGCCUCUCCAAAUGCACCACUCGCGACCUGGUGGCCAUGGCAGCGGCGGAUCUACUGCUCAUUACCACGGAAGUUAUUUUUCGCAAGAUCAAUGAUCAUUAUUUUCCAAUGUGUUUCCUGGACAUCACCAUUGUUUGCCGUACGAACCUUGCAUUGACAUAUAUAGCUGUGGACUGUUCUGUCUGGUUCACCGUAACCUUCACCUUUGAUCGAUAUGUUGCCAUUUGUUGUCAGAAGCUGAGAACAAAAUAUUGCACCGAGAAAACUGCAGCCACCGUUCUAGCAACAACAGGCAUUCUGUUUUGUCUGAAGAACGUCCCCUUUUAUUUCUCACGUGAAAGCAGGGAGAUUAUCGACAAUGUACCGUGGUUUUGUGUGACGAAAUCAAGUUAUUACACUGAACUCGGAUGGGUGGGAUUUGACUGGCUUGAUGCGUGUCUAAACCCAUUGCUCCCUUUCGCCGUGAUUUUGCCGCUUAACGCCCUGACGGUCAGGUACGUUUUAGUGGCCAGUCGAGUCCGUAAAUGCUUGAAAGUUCGGAGCAAGGGAGGGAACCUCAUUGACCCGGAAAUGCAGAACAGGAGGAAGUCUGUCGUUCUUCUUUUUACCAUUUCCGGCAGCUUUAUAUUCCUGUGGCUGACUUUUGUUGUGGAAUUCGUCUAUUAUCAGAUCACCGGAACUGGAGGAGAGUGGAACGACCCUGAACUUGUCUUUCACGAGGCCGGAUUUUUUUUGACCAAUAUUAGUUGUUGUACCAACACGUUUAUUUACACGGCAACUCAGACCAAAUUCAGGGAACAAUUGAAGAAGGCAGUGAAAUAUUUAGUCGGUUCAGUGCGUCGGAACAUUAAUAGAGUAACCACUUAG